AUGGUACUUGUACAGUGCUUUUUGAUUGGAUUCGUUAUUCCAGUCGCCGCCAUCUGCUUCUGUUACAUGCGCAUUCUUCUAACGAUGAACCAAGUGCACAAGCGAGCACACUCAAGAUCGUUUCAAUCUACUUUGCAAAGUGACAAGAUCGCUCCCAGCACGACGAUAAGCGCAAGAAAACGAGUGACGAUUCUCAUUAUGGUUCUUAUCAUAUCUUUUAUCUUCUGCUGGCUCCCAUUUCACUUGUGGCACAUCGCGAAAAUCACCGGAGUUAACGUUAGCAGAACAACCUGCAGUAUAACCACUGACCUCACAUUUGUCCUGGCCUACUUUAACGCAGUUCUGAAUCCCAUUUUAUAUUCCUUUUUAAGUCACGACUUUCGUAACAGAUUUACCCUUACUCGCCACAAAAUCUGCCGUAAAUUUCUGCUCCGACUUCAGCUAAUUAUUCCGACUACGAGCUGCUGCUACCCUUUUCAGGAAUUCUUUCAAAUUAUACUUCGUAGAAUAUAUUAUAUAUAA